CCUUAUUCCAUCGAAACCGGUAUCCCUACAAAGUACGCCAAAAAUAGAGCACUGCAUGGAAUUGCUAUUGCUGCAGCCUUGAAAGAAUGAGUUCAGGUCAAACAACUGCGCCGAUUGCUUCUGGCCAGUCUGGAACAAAUGUAGGUGGAAAUGCUCAACAGACUGCGGGUUCUGAGCCUGAAGAAGUAUGGGAUGAAGCAAAACUCGAGCAGGCGAUGAAAACUCUAAAGGAAAUGCACAUUCAAUGUCGCAAUCUACGAUCUACAAUUCCAAGACUCCUUACGCCUUUGGCAACCAAGCAGCAAUCACCUGAGCAGCUCUUUUCUUCCUUUCAACAAGCCGCAACAACUUCAAAUAAGGAAGUUCGAGAUUUCACACGAUUGAUGAAGGAUGAAGAGGGUGUGAAACUCUUUGAGCAUGCAAAGAAGAGUCGAGCUGAGAAUCCACAUGGAAUAAAACCAUGGAGAGUUACAGAACAUCCUGAUUGGCUUGAUAGAGAUGCAUGAUUUUCUCACCGCGACAAUACAUUUCGACAUGCUCAGACCGGAGAAUGUGCCAUAGAAUCUAGGCGUACUUGCGGCUUUUUGGGUAGAGGGCAGGUCUUGGGAUACCCGGUACAGGGCGUUAGGCAAUUUUGAUAGCACACGGCGGGAAAGACAUAUUUCGAUAUCCUAACAACCUAGAGUUCAAUGCUCCUACCAACAGCAAUAGUACCCUUUCUCUAUUCUACGAUUGAUCAUAUACGAUGAAUCAUAAAUCUACUAACACAUUUUCCGCAGGAUUUAUUGAGAGAAACUAUGAACAUCUGAAGUACCCAAUAGCGGCUGAAUACCUUUGAAGAUUACUUGUGUUCCUGAGCUCAGGCCUCAUCAACAUUAUCGUAAAGCACUGUAACAUACAACGAGCAAUGUCACAGUUAUUAUUGAUG